AUAAUAUCAACUGAAGCCAAAAACAAUAUAAUACUUAGAGAGGUUUCUCUCUCCUCUUAAAAGACAAAUAGGUUAGAAGUAGUUAACUUGUGACAGAAGGAGAAAAGGAAAAAAAAAAAGAGAAUGGAAAGCAAAGAAGAAUCAUGCGUUUACAGAAACCCAGACGCGCCAGUGGAGGCGCGUGUUCAAGACCUUCUCUCUCGGAUGAGUUUGGCGGAGAAGAUCGGUCAGAUGACUCAGAUCGAACGCGUCGUAACUACUCGUACCGUCAUUACAAAUUCCUUCAUCGGUAGUGUUUUGAACGGCGGAGGGAGUUGGCCGUUCGAGGACGCUAGGCCAUCGGACUGGGCUGAUAUGAUCGACGGUUACCAAAACGCAGCUUUGGCAUCACGUUUGGGAAUACCGAUAUUAUACGGCAUUGAUGCCGUCCACGGCAACAACAACGUUUACGGAGCCACCAUCUUCCCCCACAACAUUGGACUCGGAGCCACCAGAGACGCAGAUUUGAUCAGAAGAAUUGGGGCUGCAACAGCACUAGAAGUAAGGGCCAUGGGUGCUCACUGGGCGUUUGCUCCUUGCGUAGCCGCUUUGAGAAAUCCACGAUGGGGGAGAUCCUAUGAGUGUUUUAGUGAAGAUGCUAACACUAUAUGUGAGCUGACAACGCUUGUCUCGGGCCUUCAAGGAGAGCCACCCAAAGAACACCCUAAUGGUUACCCUUUUAUUGCGGGAAGAAACAAUGUGGUUGCUUGUGCAAAACACUUCGUUGGAGAUGGUGGUACCGAAAAUGGCACAAACGAAGGGACCACUAUUGUGUCAUUCGAAGACUUGGAGAGAAUACAUCUUCCUCCAUAUCUGAAUUGUCUUGCUCAGGGAGUUUCUACUGUUAUGGCAUCUUACUCAAGCUGGAAUGGAAGUAAACUCCACUCUGACUAUUUCCUCUUGACUGAGCUUCUGAAACAGAAACUAGGUUUCGAGGGAUUUAUCAUUUCAGACUGGGAAGCUUUGGACCGGCUUAGCGAGCCAUUUGGAUCAAAUUACCGCAACUGCGUCAAGAUCUCAAUUAAUGCUGGAAUUGACAUGGUGAUGGUGCCUUUCAAGUACGAACGGUUCAUACAUGACCUAACAGAUCUGGUGCAGUCAGGGGAAGUGUCAAUGGCUCGGAUUGAUGAUGCUGUUGAAAGAAUACUCAGAGUGAAGUUUGUAGCUGGUCUUUUCGAACAUCCUCUCACAGACCGAUCUUUAUUGGGUACUGUUGGCUGCACGGAACAUAGAGAAUUGGGCCGUGAAGCGGUUAGAAAGUCUUUAGUUCUGCUAAAGAACGGCAAACAUGUUGAUAAACCGUUUCUACCACUAGAUCGCAAUGCCAAGAGAAUUUUAGUCACCGGAACACAUGCUGACGACCUUGGCUACCAGUGCGGGGGAUGGACAAAGGCAUGGUUCGGUUUAAGCGGAAGGAUAACAAUCGGCACAACGCUUUUAGAUGCCAUCAAAGCAAUAGUUGGAGACCAAACAAAAGUAAUAUAUGAGAAAUAUCCUUCGGAGGAAUCCUUAGCCUCGAGUGAAGGCUUCUCUUAUGCAAUUGUUGCGGUUGGGGAAUCGCCGUAUGCAGAGACUCUGGGGGAUAACUCAGAACUCAUAAUACCUUUCAACGGGAGUGAUAUUGUAACCGCAGUUGCAGAGAGAGUCCCCACUCUAAUGAUCUUGUUCUCAGGACGGCCUAUGGUUCUUGAGCCGACGGUUCUUGAAAAGACGGAGGCUGUAGUCUCUGCUUGGCUGCCUGGAAGCGAAGGGCAAGGAAUGGCUGAUGUCAUAUUUGGAGAUUAUGACUUUGAGGGAAAAUUACCAGUGAGCUGGUUCAAACGAGUUGAACAGUUGCCCCUAAACGCUGAUGCAGAUUUGUAUGACCCGUUGUUCCCUCUUGGUUUCGGUCUCAAUUGAAUUCCAGCGGGAAUUCAAACCAUGUUUAACUUCACUGGCCUGGCAAAACAUUUAUCCAUUAAUGAUGGAGUUCGAGUGUGUUUGUAAUAACAAAAUCAAGUGAUAUGAGCGUGUGUGUGUAUUAUUGAUAUGUAUGUUCCCCAUGUAUAUUUUGAGAAUCUAUAAGCAAAACUAAAUUUCCUUUUUUUUCUAGCACGUUUUUUUUUUUAAACUUGAACGAUUGAUGUGUUGACCCGGUUUUUUUUUGUCAUUAUCUUAGUUUCUUGUUGACAAUCCAUCAAAGCAGCAGUUAGAGAUAAACCCAAAGUCAUUUACGAGAAAAAUCUUCAAAAGAAUUAGAAGAAGCUGAUGCUCAACCAAAAAACAAGAAGAAGAAAGCAUUGAAACUGAGCACUUUACCAGAUAACUAGCAAAAAUAAGAAAAUCAACCAAGAAGUGAUAACAUUUCUAAACUAAGAAAGAUUAUAACUUUAGUGAAAUGAAAGAUAGCUCAUUGAGCUUUAUUUAAGAAAGUAGAGAAAGAGCAAAGCUUUAGACUUGUCCCCAAGAACGCAAAGAUUCUAUUCAUCAAAGCACAUAACAACAUAUAUAUGAAUCUAGAAACCCUAGUUACAUGGGUUACAAAACCUGCUAAUGGAUCAUAAACUUGAGUUUUAGUUUGGACUUUAAUACUCCCCGCAAACUUAGCAUCAGGUGAAAAAAUCAAGAGGUUGAGUUUGAACUGGAAAUGAAGAUGGCAUGGAAUGAGCAUAAGUAGAUGUAGUAGGAUGCUUGUGAUGUUGGCAAAUGGUUGUACUCACCAAUGUAGACAGACAUUAGUGUGAAAUUUUUUCAGGCCUAUACUUGGAGAGUAUCACAUGGAUUCACUUAGAGGUUUCUCUUGAACUUGGAGAGCUUAAUUGAUCUCACUCAGAGGUAUAAUUGUGACAUCUUUGUCUAACUAUGUAUCUAGGUUUCAUUUACCUAUUUCAUUCCUCUAAUGUGUCUCAUGAAGAACACUCUUUCCACACCUACCAAAUAC